AAUAUUUGGCAUUCGAAGCAAUAGUACAGAUCCUCCAGCUAGGUACCGACAAUUACAUCAAUUCUGACCUUCUACCAGCUUCUACCGCCUCCUGAUCUUUUUGGGUGCUCAGUAUCAACCUCCAACAGCCAUUUGAAGCCGUGAAUAUGGCAGGACCGCACCAGAACAUGCCCAACAAAUCCUCCAGUGUGCCCUUGAAGCCCUUGAGCACUGCUAAACCAGGUCCACUUGCAAAGAAGAGGGCUUUGGAAACCCUGGCAAAUGUGUCCACCUCGAAACGAGCAUGGCCUGCGGGAGGGGAUGGAGGGGAGGGGCCAUCAUCCUUUCUCAAUCCAUUCACCUCGCAUCAUCACAACCCUGCAGCAGCAGAACCCUUUGACCCAGGAAUGAGUGUCGCUGAAUCUGAAGAGUUGACCCGAAGGAUGCAGCAGCAGAUGGAUCAGGGUUCAAGUGAGGCUAUGAGCGAGAUGGAGCAAGCAACAGAUGACAGUGAUGCAGACAUUGAUCCAAGCCUUCAGGAUAUGGACUCCAUAUCAGCCUUGACUGAAUGGCUCAGCCACAAACACACACCUAUUCAAGACAGUGAUCCUGUCCAACAUGCAGCAUAUAUGCACCCCAAAGGGUAUGGGAGUAUUUCUGCUUCACGUGUGCCAGUCUCAGCCACUUCUCGAUGUGUUUCGACCAUGCAAGGUCCUACCCCCAAUGCAGUGACUGCAAGCCAAGCACAUUCAGUGACUCCAAGCACUACCUGUUAUGAACUAGGAUAG